AUGUUAAACAAAGAUGCAGAUUUAGAGAGUGAUAUUCUUGGUAUCUUAAAUCAAACAAAUUCCCCUACCGAAACUUUACAUCAAGAAAAAAAUCAACCAAAUUCCACUACCGAAAAUUUACAUAAAGAAAAACUUGAUACAGAACAUUCUCCAAAACAUUUUCAAAUAUCAUCGAAUAUUACUGACCCUCUGGAAGGGAUAAAAGAUGAACGACAACAAUUAUUCGAAGAAAAUCUUGGUUUACAAGGUGAUUUAAAAGAAAUAGAAGGUGAACGUGAUAAAUUAAUUGGAUUAAUUGGUGUAAUGAAAUUAAAAUGGGAAAAACAAUAUCAAAAACUUCAAAUGGAAUUUCAAGGUUCUAAUACAAAUCAAAAGUCUUUAGAGUCUCAAUUAUUAGAAUUACGACAAGAAUAUGAUAAAUUAAAAAAAUCUUCUAGUAAAGUAGAAGAAAUUACUGAUAGAUUACAUGAAGUUGAAAAUCAAAAGAGUGCUUUAUCAAAAAUUUUUGAAGAUCAACAAAAUGGUGUUCAAAUGUUGAUGAAAGGGAUGGCCGCUGAGAGGGAAGAGUGGCAACAACGAGAAGCUGUAUUUACUGAUAAUCAAAAUUCUAUAAAUAAUUCGUUGAAAAAAUGUGAAUCUGAAGUUAAAUCUUUAAGACAAGAGUUGAAUGUAGCUUUAGUUGAUAAACAAACAAUGAAACAAAAAUUAAUAGAAGUCGGUAAAGAAAAGAUGUUGGUCGAUGUAAGGGUUAAAGAAUUAGAAUCUGAAAAGAAAAAACUUGGUGAAAAGUUGACGAAAUUAAUUGAUGAAAAAGGUAAAUUAUCAAGUCAAUUAACAGAUUCUAAGAAAUUAUUAGAUAAAAAUAAAUCACAAAUAGCGGCACUUGCUAAAAAAUUAGCUGAGACUGAUGUUGAACAACAAAAGAUAGUACAAACAUUUGAAAAAUCCUUGGCUCAAUCCGAAAAAACUUGUGAGAAUCUUAGGAUUAAACUUAAUAAAGUAGAAAAAGAAAAAGGUCAACUUAUUCAAGGAAAUAUUGGUUCGUUUAAAAAGGAUGAGACGGGAAUUCCAUUAAAAAGAUCUUCCGAUAGCGUUGUUACUGAGACUUUGAAUGGCAAAGAUAAUUCUAAUGUGAUAAAUUCAUUGACGUUAGAACAGCGAAUAAUAGAAUUAGAAAAUGCCUUAAAAUUGUCAACAACUGAAUGUGAUAGAUUAAAUGAAAAAUUGGCUCAAGUAGAAGUCGGAUACUUAAAUGCCGUUAAUGAUAAAGAUCAAUUAGCACUGGCGAAACGAGAAUCUGAUAAAAAGGUCAAAGCAUUAGAAGCGCAAUUGGAAAGUGUGAGUACUGGAAAAGAACAUGAAUCUAAUAAUACAAAUGAGUACAAGAUGAAGGACGAUUUUGUGAAGCAAUGA